AUGACCAGCUGCACCGAGCUGGCGACUCUCCUGCGAUUCCAGGGCUUGCAGUCCGAGUUGUGGCUGGAGGGCUGGGUGGAUCUGUCUGCAGAUGCUCGGCGACGACUGGUGCCGGACGACCCCCUUGGAAGGCUGCGGAGUCUCGACACGGACGAAUCGGACGAGUAUGCGGUCUGGCUCAAGCUCAGCGGUGUCACAGACCUGGCUCAGCCAUCGCUGCCCAGAACAGGCAUGCCAGACCCCUAUGCUGCAGUAUGGUGCGAGCUCACUGCGACUUUGCAAAGCUUUCCUGAAGCGGAGUUCACUGCCGAUACUGCCGUGAAGCGGGAGCCUGCAGAGUUCACUGUCGUCAAGGGGGAGCCUGCGCACCAAAAGGUGAAGCAGGAGCCAGCUCCAGCGAAACGUGCGAUGCAGAUGCAGUCCAGCGAGGUGGCUCCACACAAGCGUGUGAAGCAGGAGCUGGAGCUGUCCGCUCAUUCCCCUCCCAGCACACCUAGACAGAAGCGCCGCUGCUCCAGGGACGAGUCGCCGGAGGAGGACACCCUGGCCAUCCAAGCUGGGGCGGAUAUCUUGUGUCAGCCUGUGUACAGCCAGUCCCACUGGGGCUUGCUUGUGGUGCACCGGGAUCAGGCAGCUCACUUCUACGAUGGAGGAGCCGGCAUGCAGCAUCGGAUUUGCAAGGAUCAUGCCUGGGCCCACUUGGCUGAGCUGCGGGAGCUCCAAUGGCUGUCCAAGGAGCUGGCCCUUGUCUGUGCAAACACGGGCACACAGGCAGAGCCGUGGUCCUGCGGCCACCGUGCCGCUCUCUGCUUCGACUACUGCCUGGAAAUGGUGCUUAGGCCACAAGGCCAGUUGCCGGACCACAUCCCGGACCGUGCCUUCGCAUCAAACUGUGUGGACUUGCUACUGCAGCUUUGCAAUACAGCUCUAGGCAAUCCUGCAACAUGUGUCGUGCCAGCACCUGCACCGAGUGCACCUGCCAAUGCACCCCCUGCUGAUCCGCGGACCCCUGAUCGCGGCCGCAACAGGCAGCCCAAGGCGCAGUCCCCGGCAGCAAGUGAUAUCAUGCACACCCCGCAGGCUGGCAAGGCGGCGCCAGACGCCGACUCCUGGACAAAGGCAUGCAAGCGAGAUGCCCAGCUACUCAAGGCGGGCAGGGAACAGCUGGAAAGGGCGGACCUGGAUCAUGCCGUGUUCCCACAGGCAGCUGGAGCUGCACCUCCUUUGCAGGAUGUCUUGCAGGAUGUUGAAGAUGUGCCAGCCCGGCAAGUUGCAACACAGCGAGCCGAGAUCUAUAUGGUCACGGACGGAUCUUACGGCAGUAAGUGCGCAUACUUUUGCAAGGCCUGCAAUAAGAACGUCAACAUCUGGUCGCAGGCAUGUCUUGCCAGGCUCACAGGUCAGAACGGCCACGAGCGGAGCGAUCGGCACCAGAGAGGGCUUGCACGACUCAAAGGAGAGCAGCCGGGUGCAGUUGCUAGCGCGCCAAUGGAUGCACCGGGCUCGGAUGCUUUGGUGCCGUCGGAGGAGCCAGCAAAGACCGCCAACCUCUGCUCUGGCAUUGCCAUCCACGAAGAGCCCCUGGCUCCUUUGCAGGCCUCUGAAAGGGAUCCGCUGGCUGGUGCCAAGAUGAACCUUCAGGGUCAUGUCAUCCUUGUCCAGGCCAGCGACUGCUCAGGUCACCGCCGGGAGGGAGCCGCCUGCAAGGCAUGCUUCAGACUGGCUAUGCGGCCCUCCUUUCGACAGCACAUUGCUAAGAAAGCAUUCUUUGUGGACAGUGUCCAGUGCUGUUGGCGGUUGUUUCAUACGGAAGCAAGGGAAAUCCACCAGUUGGCCUCGCAGAUGCGGCAGGCCGACUACCGCACAGAGGACCUGGCAGGUCACGACAUGGAGCAGCUGCUGGCUGAGGGAUCUGAGGGCGAGUCGGAGAAGGUGCGAGAAGUCUGCCGGAGGGCGGAGUGCAUACCAAAAUGGUGGCGACCAAAAUGGUGGCGAUCGGAAGGGCUGCAGCGGUUCCUGGAUGAUUUCCUGCUCUCCCAGCACUUGCACUACUCCACAGAUGUUGAGGCCAAGACUUCGGGCCUGCUCGCGAUGCCCCUUGCUGAUUCCCUGGCGAAGGGCGAAGUACGUCAACUAGACCUCCAACUCGCCUCCAAAAUCGCCAGCGGCCAGUUGCGCACGGACGGCUUCAUCCACGCCUUGGUGACUGCCUUUCUCAUGAGGUGCCAGACCCAGGCAAGCGACCCAAGGUAUCGGACUACCAGCAAGCAUAGUGACCUGCAUGCUGUUCAAGAGGCUCUUGCCACCCUGGGUCGCGAGGAGGCCAUGAAAGGCGUCCUGGAGCGCUUCGGCUUCAACUUGAGGGCUGUGGACAAGAGCAGCCUGGAAAGCUCAAGCUUCCCCAACCCUUACGUUGCAAUCCGCAACGAACAGGAAAUGGCGACCUCUGUCCGGCGGGCCCUAGCCGGGCUGCGGCUGGUGGGCGGCCGAGCCUGCGUCCUCUUGGACGAAACCGUAUGGUCUCCGGCCUACGAACAAGUGGGGACCUUCCGGAGCGAUCCGCCCGGCUGCGCCUGGAUCGGAGGAUCCUGGGCGAGUGAUGCGGCAAAUGACUACAGCUACCUCAUGACAUCCGAUUGGAAAGCAUCCGACCUUCCAAGAGACCGCCUCGCGAAGAUGACCUUGCACCUUGCUCUCAAGCGACCCGAUCACAACCGUUUCGUCGUGGACAGCUUGGUCUUGCCAAGGAAGCAAGGCUGCUCCAGCACCGAGGAGAUGCUGCAGGUGGCCGCAAGGUUCUUGGCAGCAUGUGCCAGCUCCAACAACCAGAUCCCUCCAGUAGGGAUCACAGCUUUGAUGGGGCGACAAACAACACGUCCGUGA